ACAAUUUUCCUUUGAGGCGAUAGUUCGUCGACCGCGCAGUAUCGGAGUAAGAUCGCUGUAGAAGAAGAUUAUUCAACCAAAUGGAUCCAUCAAAACUGGCAGUGUUGUCCAGUGAGUACCCUGAUCAGGUACUCGCUGCUGGGAAGAUAACCUUCGGCGAGGAGGGCCGACGUCGGUUGCAGAAGGCUAAAAGGCAGGAGCAGCAUGACAGAAUUAUAAUGGCGGCAGUUGCUCUGCUGAACUCUGGGGGUGGGAUUAUCUCUGCAGAAAUUGAGAAUCAUGAAUACAGCUAUGCCAAAAAUGGUAUAGGGCAAGAUUUAGAAAGUACUUUGAAAGACUUAGUUAAUCCCUCAACUAUUGAAGAUUAUUUUGAGUUCUUACAAAAGGGUGCAAUUUUGCAGGUUUUUGUAAAAUCUUGGAAUUCUGUUGGUCAUCGGCCACGGCUUUGUUGUGUGGACACGGGUCUCCGAGAAAGAUCUGGAUCAUCUACUUCAACUAUUGAAUCCAACGCGUUAGAAAAAUUUUUAUGGAAAAAGACACUGGCACAGUGCCGGGAAGAAGGUCCUGCCCCAAAGAGACGCCGCAUGAUAUCUGGCAAUAAUGGAAUAAAAAAAUCUGCCCAGGAGCUGUAUGCAAGACAGGAGGUUCAGCUUGGAGAAGUUUUGUCAUUUGGUGAAAGUGUUAAUGUUGAAUUAAAACAAUUUGGAUCUGAAAACAUGAUUAAAAGAUUAGAAGAAAUUGUUCCAAAAUAUGUAAGUGCCUUUGCAAACACAGAUGGAGGAUAUAUGUUUAUUGGUGUUGAUGACAAAACAAAAAAAGUCGUGGGAUGCGGCAGGAAUUUGGACUGCAGUCUCAUAGAGACCAAAAUUGGAAAGAUGUGGCGCAAGGUCAUUUUAGUUCAUACUUCGCAGUGUACCCAGGAAAAUGACUGGUCUGUGGAGGUACGCAUCCUCAAGGUUCUUGAGGAAGGAGCCACUUCUCAGCUUCAUGUUGUGGCCAUACAUAUUCCAGUGUUCUGCUGUGCCAUUUUUGAAAACCAUCCCGAAUCCUGGGAAAUUGAAAAUGACAAGGUGUGCCCGAUAAAGGCCGGAGUUUGGCUGGAGAAGAUGCACCUUACCGAUCCAGAUAAAGAGCUUUGCUCCCAAUUUGAUAAUAUCCUAAGUCUGGGGGCUGCUCCACCAAGGUGUAAGCCAGUGUAUGGUAUCAAAGAUGCCCAUCUGAGUGAACUGCAGCAGAACCUGUUUCCUGUCCAUCCGGAGAUCAUAACAACUGGACCUGAUCCGCUGAAGGAACGCCUAUUUCAAAAGUAUCCAAAGCUUGAAAACCUGGUGAAGCUGCAGUCUGGUGGAGGAACCCUAAUUUUCUCCAAUAGCUGGGCAGUUGACAUAAACCGACCAGGGAACCAGGAAGUCUUGUGUGAAGCCUUGCUGGUUUCAGAGCAGAGCACACCUUCACUUUACUGUGUGGUGAAGAAUGAAAGCCAAGCUCUGCGGGAAUAUUCCAGGGAUGUUGCAUUUCACCUAAAGCAGCAGCUGGUGAAUCUAGGAGGUUAUCUGGAAUGGGUUUGCAUAAUCCCACAGCUGGUGGACUGUGAGACUGGAAAACCAAUCUUGACUAAGUGGGGCAGCCUUGAAUCCAUGCCGGAGCCUCGCUAUCCUGAUUGCUACAAGCUGAGCAACAUGAAGACAGUAAAAGCCUUGCUGCAAGCACUGGUGAUUGUGGUGAUGAGCUUCACCUCAGCUCUGAGCAGUAUGCUGGGGUCAGAGUUCUUGAACUUGCUCACAGCUGAGCAGUUUUGCAUCAUUCAGGAAAAAUAUGACUUUGAAGAUAUGAGAGAAUUGUUUGUUCAUGGCUACCCUGGAGCUGGGAAAACUGUCAUUGCAACCUUAUUGAUGAGAAGAAUUAAAAACAAACUUGGAUGUGAAACAAGUAAUAUCCUUUAUAUCUGUGAGAAUGUACCCCUGAAAAAAUUCAUAGAGAAUUUAAAUAUUUGUCAAAGUGUGACACGGAAAACAUUUAUGAGAUGGAACUUUCCAGAAGUGAAGCAUGUAAUUGUUGAUGAAGCUCAGAACUUUCGUCGGGAAGAUGGAGACUGGUAUAAGAAAGCCAAAGAUAUGGUGGAGCAACAGAGAGGUGUGUUUUGGGUUUUCCUGGACUAUUUUCAGCAGAGUCACUCACUGCCUAGUGGACUACCAUUACCCUCGAAACAGCCCAAUAAGAUCAUCUUGAGAGAGUCUCUGAGGAACAGUGUGGCAAUUCACAGUGCAGUUUGUGAAGUACUUAACAGAAUUCGAGAGGCUGAAUUUACAAGAGCACAAGGUGAAGAGAUACAGAAACACUUGGAAAAGAUGACGAGGGAGAAACAUUGCAUGCACGCUUUCCAAGGUUACUUUGAGGAGAGAUCAGUAGCUCCACAAUAUGUUCAUUCUGAACUCAUUUCAACUGUAAAAAGGCUCCUGAGCAAAGGGAAUUCUCCAAAUGAUAUUGCUGUUCUCUGCUCAACUUUGGAGGAGGUUCCAAAAAUUUGUACAGAAUUUGGGGAUAAGCUGAAGCACUACCCCUGUACCGCAGAGACAAUUGAUGGAAAUGUGAUUGUGGUUGACUCGGUUCGCAGGUUUUCUGGUCUGGAGAGGAAUAUCAUUAUUUUGAUCAAUCCCAGCAUCCAUCCAUUUCACCAAAACAGAGCGUUCCAUUUUUUGGUUUCAGCCAUGUCCAGAGCCAGAACACAGCUGUAUGUGCUGUGUGUACAGGCAGAUGGAGCAAAAGGAAAUAGCUCUCACAAAAGACGGGAGAGCUGAGCCCUUUGUUUCCACCAGUUCUGGGCUUCAGUGUAAGCCUAUAUAUGCAAUCUGUAUACUCAUCCCCAUAGAGAUAUAUAGUUAAGUGCAACUUCCAAGAUUUGUACCAGACAUCCUAGUACAAAGGCUCUAUGUGUGAUUAUCAAGGCUUUGACUCAUAAGUGGACCAUAUCUGAAAUGUAGAAAUGUCUCUGACCAUACAUGCCUCCUGCUUGGACCCAUAACCCGUUCCAGUGGAUGGGCAUUUUUUAAAAAUUGUAAAUUUAAUAAAAGAUAAACCUUAUGAAAAUAUAAACAAAAUAAAAAUCCACCAAGAGAUGGAGCAGGGGUGUCCUUAUUAGGGUCUUUCCCUGCUCCAUUACAAUACCCUGCUCUAUAAAGGGGUAAAUCAUGGUAAGGUGCAUAAAUAGAUAACUCCAUUAAUGUUGAAGGAACUUACAUGAGGCUUGUGUACAGAACUGACAUUUCAAGUUGGUUUUGACAAAGGCAUUGGUUAGAUAAAUGUAAAUCUGGGCUGUUUGUGUUGACAUGAUGAAAAGUGUGAAAACUAAUCUUGCAUGUUAAGUGUAGUAUAAAUUUCCUUACCAUUUUAACAUUACAUUGGAUAUAAACUGUGGCAGCAGUUUGCUUUCGGGAAUUUCUUGCCCACUUGGACAUUCUGUUUAAAUCACGUCAGCUGCAGUACACUUGUACGUCCCUUUCACAGUAGGCAAAUCUACUAUCGAAAAUAGUCUUGUAUUACUGCAUCUCUGUUGCCCUGCAACGCACUUGGUCUGCCCAGAGUGUACCCUGACUAGCCCGGUGCCCAGCGAUUCCAGGAUAGGCUCCAGACCACUGUGAACCUGACAAAGCUGAGUUAGUAGGUAUGAGCGAGCACCUCUUCUGUAUAAGGAAACUUUUUGUGAAUAAUGCACUCCAUUGUCGAGAAGACUGUAUCCAAACACCUGCUUCAGUCACAACUACACGGAUAGCGAUGCUUACGAGACUUGACAAUACUGUCAACUAAUCUGAUUAGUUUUUAAAAAUAAAUCUUGGAAUUUUAAUGUGUAUGAUUUGAUUUGUAUCAUUUUCCAACAAGUAUUGGUCCACUGGGAAUAGAUUAUACAUUUCUCAUGAGAAAUAAAUGAUACAUAUUCCUUAAUCUUCUAUCCAGACACUUGCCCUUUGGAUAGAUUUUCAGGAACAAAUAAUGUUUGAUAUUGGGGAUGAGUAUAUUCAGCAUUAGCUGUCUAUGCUCUUCAGACAGUUGAUAGUGGUUAAUUUUUUUUUUUUUGGAUUAGGAACACAUUUUGACUAACAAUCUAGGGCCAGACCUGAGUCAUUUUCUAGACUUUACACUUAUGAAUAGGAGCAGUCUGCACACAUUUGUGUUGAAUUAUAUGAAAAGUAGGAAGAGGAGUAACUGUUCUGAAUACUUUUUGUGAAUUUCUCCACAGCAGUCUGAGCUAAUUUUCAAGAACAGUCAGUCUCCUUGCGAUAUGUAAACGAUGCCUACCCACCCCUGCAGAGCAUCUGAUUUUAACACAUUUAUGGGACAUUCGGGAAUGUCUGGGGGAGAGUUGACUAAGAAUUCUGUGCAAUACUGGCAUUUUAAUCAUUCUAACUCCACAGUCCAAUGCAAUAAGUUUAUUUGUACUCAGAGCUGAGUAGUGGCUCUAAAGUAAAUUCAGCUUCUCAGUUCAUUUGAGAAAAACUACAAACUAUUACUUUGUCACCCAUGUAUUUCUCAAGUACUGCAUUUAGUGAAUUGUUGUAGGGACCAGUGUCAUUACAUUGCAGUUGCAGCAAGGACAGCUGCUGCGCUCACUGUUGAAUGCAAAGUCAUCCUUUGGCCAGAGAACUUCACUAACACCCAUUUGCUUCUCAAAAUGGGUAUGUGAACUGAAUGUAUUAAGUCUGUGGCUUUGUAUGAAAACAUUAUUUCUGAAAGCACUAAUUAUGUAAAUUUCAAGGUCAUCUGCAGCACAGCAGCUGUAAUGUGGGUAGAGAGCUGCUAUUACUCUGGGGAGCAACUCCCUCUUGAGUGUGUCAGUGAACACCCACCUUCAGCACACCAAACAGUUCUGAAAUCAAGUCCAGCUUGAUGUCACAAUUUGCAGUCAUAACUGUUCUAUGCAUAUGUCAAAGAUAUGUAUAGCAUCAUGAUUCAAGCCUGCCUGUAUGUUUCUUGCCAUUUUGAUUAAAUCAUCUUCUGAAGCUUCUUUCAGCCUCUGCUACAAACCAUCCCCUACAAAUAGAUUAGUUCUUUCACUCAUUUACCUUAUAACAGAACCCUGACAAACACAAAAGGAAUCAUUUUAUCCCUUUAGUGUACUGUGUACAGAGAAAGGUGCUUGUCAUUCCCCUCUCUGUAACAUGUCAGAAAGGCUACUUUCAACUCUACAGCCAUGGAACUCUCAAGUGGGCAGUUCAGCAAAGUUUAGGAGACCAGCUAGUUGCCUAUAAAUGCCUUUAAGGUCUCCCCAGGAGACAACUAUAAAUGGUAAACUAUCUUGAUAUCAGCUCUCUAUUCUGACACCUAAACUGGACUGAACUAGAAGCAACACUGUAGAACUAGCACCCUCUGGACCCUUAGGCUUUUAGUUGUGUUUUUCUGUAAAGGCACUUAAACAAGUGAGGCAACAUGGACAGUUUAUUAAUUUUACAAAAUAGACAGUAAAAAAGUUCCUGUCCUAUGGAAUGUGCCUGUGGAAGGAGUAUCAUGGGAAUCCUUUUGUUAAGAGAAACCUGGACUGGGGCCACUUCUAAUCAAA